AUGAAAGCCUCAACCUUCCCAGCUUUGGUCGCCCUCUUUGCGACCUUCCUCUUCGUUUCAGCCACCCCCCUCAUGGAAGUUCGGACUGAUUCCGUCGGCGGCAUUCAGAUCGAAAUCCAUGACAAGCUCACGGUCAUCUCAGGCGAGACUAUCAUGGGCUCCGCUGGAUCCCACGCAUGGGGCCCCGAGGUCAUCGGUGCCCACUCGUCGAUCUGGAUCGCUGGUAUUGGCAUGCCCGAUACCCCUACUGGGGCCUCAGCCAAAACUGAUAUCACCAUGCAAACCUUCAAAUACGAAGGAUACAACAGGGGGCCUGACUCAGCCGGCGGGCCGACCAGAAUUCCGGUGCAUGGUCAAGAAGCUCCCGUCGUCUUCACUCUCGAUAGCCUCGCAGGGGAGAAAAUCCAUCAGUAUGAUCCCAAGUCGAAGGUGUCGUUCGACUGCACAUCUGUAUACAGUCCUGGCGUGCCUGCAUAG